GAGAGCGGCUCCGUCACGUUAAUCUGGAUUAGAGUUCGGUCCGGUCUGCAGCCAGGACUCCAGUAAUCACAUUACUCCGCGUUGGGCUGCUGCCUGCUGGGAGGAGGAGGAGGAGGAGGAGGAAGAGGAGGAAGAAGCGGCGAUGUGAGGCGGAGGCUGCAGUCGUCUCCGCGCCGAGCUGCUCGUCUAAAGCCCACGUCCCGAGGACUUCUGUGGGAUUCCUGCAGCGGAGGAACACGAGCUGGGAUGUGAGGAAAGUUGUGCGUGUUGCGGAUGUUUUGCAGCUCUGCAGCAGGAGCAGCAGCAGGAGCAGCAGCAGCAUCCACACUCAGCACUGCAGGAGCUGCUGCCUCCAACGGGACUCCCUCAACCUGAGGACAGAGGAGGCUUCUCUGCCCACCAUGGCACCAGCAGAAAUUGAUCCACUGUCCUGCCUGGAAAGCUGCCAGAUCCGAGCUGACCGUGUUCCUCGGAGCUGCAAAAGGUUUUCCACUCGCCGUCAGCAUGAAGUGAUCCAAACUGACUCCCGAGUAGAAAUUGAUCAGGGUGAUGCAGGAGCGUCUGGAGCAGCUAAAGCGCUGUCAGAGCUGCACUUUGGGUUAAUUAGAUUGACAAACAGCCCGGCAGGUCGGCGCUAAAAUUAUUAUCUCGCCUUUAUGAAUAGUGCAGGGGAGAGAUAAGCCACAAGCAAGUUUAAAUCAUGUGGCGACAGAUUUCAGGCCCUGAAAAUUGGUUUUCAUCCGAGGGAAAGAUAGAAUUUAUGCUCAAGAUGCUUUUAUGAAAUAAAAUGCAGCAAUUAUGAGGCAAAAACUACUGUUUAACCUAAGCUGCAUCCUCAGUGAAUGAUGCAGUUUCCCUCUUCCAGUGGAGUCACAGUUCUAGACACAGAAAACCAGAUUAAACGCCCGAAUAAAGGUAUUUAUUACAGUACUCAACUCUUUUUAUCAUUUGCUAGCACAGUAAAUGAGUUAUACUUACAUUUACAGCAUAAAUGCAGCAGACAGCAGCAUUAUUCUGUCUUCAAACAUCCCUUGUAGAAUAUAAGAGUAAUAUUUAUCUCACAUCCAUCAUUUUCUUCAUGUUUUUUCACUGUAUGUUUCUGUAUGGAAGCACUCAUUUAGUCAAAUAAUUAGUUUGCUGAUUGACGGAAUAUUAAUUGGCAUCAUUUUCUUUUUGUAAAACAGCCAAACAUUCCUGGUUUCCGUCAUUUUAAAUGUAAGAAUUUGCCAUUUUCCUUUAUUUCAUCUCAUUGUAAACUGAUUUUCUUUGUCCAUUAUUUUUGUCAUGUUUUUUCCGUACUUUUUUCCCCCUAUGGAAGCAGUUAUACAAAGUGAACUGCAAACUUCUCAUGAUCCCGUACUGAAAGAAAGAAAAAAUCACUUGCAUUUACUCGAUUUUAAUGUGCAAUUAACUCCCACACUAUCAGAAUAAGGCCAAAUAGUGUAAUUAUUCUCUUUUUCUUAAUAAAUUAUUGCUUGUCAAACAAAAAUUUAGUUGCCAUAACUCCAGUUUAUUGUGUCAUGUUUUCAACUGUUACCUCAACUUGACUUCUAAGGAUAAAAUGAGAUGGAAUUUGUAAAUAUUGCCAAAUAUCUCACUGUGAUAAUUUUAUGUGACAGCCAGCACAAGCAGCUGUAAAUACAUGAAACUGAACAACGCACCAAAAUGUAAUUCAUGUCCCAAGCGUCUUCAUUUCCUGUCAUAAAAUCCUCUUAAAUAUGAAGGAUUACGGUUAAUUCUCUCUCAGUCUGGACCCUACUGUAGCUGUGUUGGCUGUUGGUGAAGUAUUCGGUCCAGUCGUCCUGCUGUGAUCCACGUCUGCGGCCGGAAAAGGCUCGUUAUGGAUCCGUACGCUCUGAAAACCAAUGAUUUCCUGUGGGAGCGUCUGAUCGUUAUGCUUCUCUAAUGGACAGCGGUUGAAAAGGAGCAGCUCUGUACACCAGAAAUGACAACAGGACUUCAUUUCCACGGGAGGGUCCAGUGUGACGGACUUCAUGCUACCUGAGAAAGAUGUUCCAAGUCUCCGCAUCUCAGCAGACUGCAUCUGCAUUUCUUUAACCAGAUUCACCCCUUAGCUGCUGUUUAUGGCCAUCAUGGAGGAGAGCAAGCUCAUCUUCAGCCUGGACCACCGUGACGAAGGUCCCUCGGUGGCUUUUUCCAAAGACAAACCACCAACCAGCCGACCGGACAUGAGCUUGGGGAUCAAUCUAGACCUGAGCCAGGGCCACCGCUCCCAGCCUCCCUUCCUGCCUCACUCCCCCUCAUCUCCAGGCUCUUUAGCUGAUCUGUCAGCAUCGUCAGCAGGCCUGCUUGUCACCAGCAACCUGGUCAAGUCCUCCUCCACGGACCUGGAGCCCAGAGAGAGCGGCUCUCUGAGGGGGAAACCUCUCCUGAGUCUGGUCAAGUCUCUGAGCACGGAGAUCUCCCGCCGGGUCGAGCCUGAGGUCAACCUCUCCAAGUCCGACUCCAAGCUUCACCUGCAUCCCUGGAAGCAGCUCACGCAUCCAAAGAUCCCAGAGGCCCGGCCUGUAACCGGGGGGCUGAGUGAGAAUGACGACUGGGUAUCGCCUCCCUCCACGGGCAGCAUGUCGCCCACUGAGCCCCGGGGCAGCUCACUGAUCGCCGAGCUGGAGGACACUCGGAGGAAGUUCUCAGAGGCCAUGCAGGACCCGCUGAGCAUGCUGAGCAAGAUUAUGGGGGAUGAAAGCCCCAAGCAGGGGAGGGCUUCUGGUGCCGGAGACUCGCCGGCCUCACAGGUCAGCUGUAGAGGAGACGGAGGCGGCGAAGACUCAGAGCCAAAGUGCCGAAGGAGAACCGACAGUGAGCACAGAGGCGUUUGUGAAACUCCCCUCAGAAGACUCCAAAAAGAGUCGCUGAUCAAAUCAUCCAUCUCUCCAGAACGCCAAACCCACAGCAAGGACAGCCAUUUUGAAAUCUGCACCUAUGGGGACACGAUUCAGGUGGUGGAGCUCCAGCACUCCUCCAGAGGGGCUCAUCACAGGACUUACCCCCAGACUAGAGUCACGGUGCCGGGUUCAACGCUGCCCCUGUACUGGCUCUUCCCAGUGGGACUUCUAGCUUAUGGCUUCUUCGUGCUGCCGCUGCCCUCCUACGUGACGGGUCUGUCUGUCGGGGUCGCAUGCGGAUUUAUUCUGGGCCUGGUGGUUGUUUUCAUGUUUGCUCCUCGACGAUCAGCUGCCAGAAGAAACAGGGACUCUCGCUUUAGCAAAUCCAGCCCCUUGAACAUGGAUCCACUGGACGGGAAGCUCAAAGAUCCAGAAAUCCUCGAGGGUUGGAUGAAUGAGACUCACAGCUACGACCCCGAAACCUUCCAUCCCUCCAUCACACACUCCGUCUACGUGACGCUGGAGGGCAGCCAGCUGCGCCUGUCUUACCCACGUGCCAACAUCCCCCGGUGGGCAGCUUUCGACGAAACGCCCCACGAGGCCGUGUUCCUGCAUUCACGCAUUUACCAGCUGGCUAACUGUAAGGUGUCUUUGGUGCCUCCUGGUUUGGCUCGUAAGAGGGUCUGGAACAAGAAGUACCCCAUCUGCAUCACUCUGGCUGAGGGGGAGGUCGGGGAGGAGAGCCUGUUCGAAGGGCAGGAGGAGGAAGAAAGGGCGGUAAAGGAGAUAAUUCAAGACUACCAGCUUCCUCUCAGCCUCUACCUGUUCGGUCGUACAGGCAGAGAGAAGGAGGAGUGGUUCCAGCACUUCCAGUUUUCUUCCAGGGUUGGAGGCCAGAGCAGUGUGAGCGGUGAGGAGAAUGUAGACACAAUAUCCAGUGCAGAGGCUGUUAAAGAAAGCACUGAGGAGCUGCCUGACCUGCCAGGAGCGAUAAGAACUAGAACGCUGCUGGACUACAGCACCUACAUGACCCAACUGAUUGGCUCAGAAAGCUGCGAUCCCACCCCAAGCCCCUGCCACAGCAACAAUGGAAGCCCGACAGCCUGCAAGAAGAUUCACACUGAAGAGCAUGGUUCUGGAGGUCAAGCUGGAGCUGAGCCUGGUGCAGGAAGUGGGCCAGGUGGAAGCUCUGCAGAGGGCCAGUCCGCCUGGGUGAACUCCCUGGUAGGCAGGAUUUUCUGGGACUUUCUCCGGGAGAAGUACUGGACCGAUCAGGUGGCGCACAAGAUUCAGAAGAAACUUAGCAAGAUCAAGUUGCCGUACUUUAUGAAUGAGCUGACUCUGGCUGAUCUGGACAUGGGAACCUGCCUUCCCCAAGUCCUCAGCACAUCCAAACCUACACUGGACAGCAGAGGCCUGUGGUUGGAGCUGGAGCUGGUGUACACAGGCUGCCUUCAGAUGACCCUGGAGACUAAGAUGAACCUCUGUAAGCUGGGUAAAGAGGGAGAGGACGAGGCCAACACUGUUCCAGAGACCCAGCAAAUGGGCUGUAAGCCGCGGCUGUGCAUACUGGCUGAUAGCGAUGAAGAGUCAUCGAGUGCAGGGUCGUCUGAUGAAGAGGAUGUUCCCACAUCUGAGCCUCAGGCGUCUCUGGGAGAUAAGAGCAGCGUGGUAGCAGCUGAUGGGCACACGGGUGGCAGCACUAGUAGGAAGAUUCUGAGAUUUGUGGACAAGAUAGCGAAGUCCAAGUACUUCCAGAAGGCCACAGAGAACGAGUACAUCAAGAAGAAGAUCGCUGAGGUCUCCAACAUGCCCCUGAUGCUCAGCGUCGAGGUGCUGGAGCUUUCUGGAACUCUGGCCGUCAACAUCCCUCCUCCUCCUACAGACAGGAUAUGGUACAGUUUCCGGGUGCCUCCCAGGUUAGACCUCCAUGUGCGUCCCAUGCUGGGGGAGAGGGAGGUCACCUUCACCCACGUCACAGAGUGGAUCGAGAAGAAACUGCAGUGCGAGUUUCAGAAAGUGUUGGUCAUGCCCAACAUGGAUGAUCUUUAUCUGCCUCUGAUGACAUCCGGCCUGGACAACCCGCCUCCAUCCCACCAGUCCUCCAUCCACUCCUCGUCCCAGCAGUCCUCCAUGGAGUCUCAGGAGUACCUGUCAGAGUAGAGCUCCUUUCUGGGGCAAUGCUGCUGAAAAAUGAAAGUCUUAUGGAUCCUGAAGCUGAAGUUAAACCCACCCUGAGCUUGGCAGCGACCUGGAGACUGUGAGAAUGGUGCUAUAGUGCCCCCUACUGUGAAGCCCGUUGAACCAACACCCUGAUGAGAGAUUUUUUUAAGGACCGAAGACAGAAAAACUGAAUGUUUGAACUGCACAAAAAAGUCUGUCUUUCUAAGAGGAUGUUAUUUGCUCAGUCCAUUUUCUAAUCCGCUGUGCAGGAUUGCAAAGUAAGAAACUGAAAAACAUGGAGAGGAUCAUGUGAAAAAACACUCAGAUCUGUUCAAUCAAGCUGCCAUGCUGCAUGUUUUAUCUGCACAGAGUUAAAAACCUCAUGGAGAAUAAAAAAGUUGUUCAAAACUCUAA